AUGAAGUUUCUGGUUUUGGUUUUGGUUUCAGGUAUGUUUUUUUGGAGUUUUGAAGUGUAUUUACUGUAGCUCAAUUUUUAUAUUUUUCGGAAAAAAUGGUUCAGUAUUUUAACAAUAAAAAAUUCAUUAUUUUUAAUGUUUUUCAGAAGUUCUAAAAAAUUUUUGUAUGAAAAAUUUGAAUUCGGCCCUCCGAAAUUUCCUAUUUUCUAUCAUUUUUUAUUUUCCAGCCUUCAUAACUCUCUCAAAAUGUCAAAAAGGUGGCGGAAUGGCGGAAUUGAAAUCAAUAACCGGUGAUGCACCAUACAACGGUGUUGGCAAUGCGCCAGCCCCAAUUCCGCAACCCAUGGGUUUCUGGGGACGGCCAAGAUAUUCACCACCUGGUGCAUUUAUUGAUGGACCAUAUGGACACAUGGGCCCCGGGCCAUAUUCACCAUAUUAUAAUCGAUUUACCAGUGUUGGGAGCAGCCCAUAUGGUUUGUAAGUGAAUGGUUAUGUUUUUGCUUGGCACCCUUUAUUUUUGUUUGCAUGCUGCUUUUCACAAUUGGGAUCUGAAAUCACAGGAAAUAAGUUAUGACGUGGCAAAGCUCAGAAUAUAGCUCAGCAGAUUUUUGCAAAUCUGAAUUUAUUCAUCCAAAAAUUUUAGAAAAGUCUUACAAUCUUUUGAAUGAUCGUCCGAAAAACCGAGUUUCAAAAUUUCCACGUCAUAACUUAUCUCAAAACAAUUUUCUGAAAAUUCCAAAACACCACGUUGAUCAGUGUAAACCCUUGCAUCCUUUUUUUUUAUUUUUUGAACCUGUAACUUCUCCACAUCCUCAAUAUAUUCCCCAAUUUCAGAGGUGGUUGGCACUCGUCCCCAUUCUAG